UCUAAGCUUCCACUCUCUCUCUCUAGCUCUCUCUAUCUCUCUCUAAACAAAGCUCUCUCUCUCUCUGUUAUGGAAGAUGUUGAGUUCAUAAAUGCCCCCUCUCCUCCUCUCUCUUCCUCUUUCACCACAUCACUCCUUCAAAGAUUUCAGGGUUUGAUCUGUUGGGGAGUGAGUAUCAGUUCGGAGAGGCAUAGAUAUCAAGAUGGAUGUCAAAGGCAAGAGCAAGAUGCCUCCCAACGAUGAUGACAGCCCUAACCCCAAGAGGACUCGCCCUUCUUCAUCAUCUCGCCCUUCUUCAUCAUCUCACCCUUCUUCUUCAUCUGGUAUUGGAGCUGGAUCUGUAGCUGAAGGUGAACUUUCCAUGGUUGAAUUUUUGUCUCGAUUUCAACCUCACUUGACCAACUGGAUACACAAGGAAGUGGAGAAUGCUCUUCAAACUCAGGUUCAUCCUUUUCCGCAAUUACUAAGAGGAAGGAGAGAGGGUGGAGAAGAAGCAAUUAUUGAAGGAGGGGUUGAGAAGUUCAAGCUAGUUUUCUGCAACCAACCAGCCAACACUAUCUUCACCAACAAUUUAAUCAAAGCAGAAAAUGGUGAGGCUGUUAGGGUUGCAAUUUAUGAUGCAACAACCAACGCCAUAAUCCGCACGGGUCCUCUGUCAUCGGCCCCGGUUGGGCUCGUCCUUCUCGAUGGAGACUAUGAUGAAACCAACCGUAGUUUGAGUGAAUUCAAUCGAAACAUUUUGUCUCCAAGAGAUGGGAAAAGGCCUUUACUGGUUGGGAGUGAUAUCAAACUCAACUUGGAGAAUGGCUUUGCUUCCAUCAAGUGUGUGUCUAUCACCGACAACUCGAGUUGGAUGAAAUCCAAGAAAUUUUGUUUGGGAGCAAAGAUUUUCAAUGAAAACAUUCUAGGCAUGUUUCCAACCAUUGGGGUUGUGGUGUCCCAACCUUUCAGGGUCUUGGAUCAUCGUGGAGAAGUGAACAAGAAGCAUCAUCCUCCGAGCAGAGAAGAUGAAGUUUGGCGACUGGAAGGGAUAGGAAAAGAUGGUGCUUAUCACAAAAACUUAUCAUUACAUGGCAUCAAUACUGUGGACGACUUUCUGCGAACCUACUACACUAUAGGUUCUGACCCUCUUAAAAAGUUGCUGGGUAACAAAGUUCCAAGGAAAACAUGGAUGAUGAUGAUUGAAAACGCUUUGGAGUGUCAAAGACCCAUAAACGAGCCAUCCUCAGAGGCAUAUUUGUUGGCAAAUAAUGUGAUGGGAGAUGAAGCUUUCAACGAAGGUCUUGACAUUCUUGAGCAAACUAAUUUGAAUUAUGAGUACGAGAGUUCACAAAUGUACUUCAACGAUGAUGACUUUGGAUAUGGGCUUGCUGGGCUUGAUGGUUUGCCGCCAUUGCUUACCAAUGAAGCUCCAGCUUCAUAUGAUGCAGUUGCAGCCACAGCUAUGCAAGCACUCACACCCAACACGAUCAACGACAUUUGACAAACUGAGUAUCCAAAUUCAAAUGAUUCAUGCGAAUCACUAUCUUUUACCGUUCUAUGCAACAAUAACUUAAGUCAGACUCUUUCAUUUAGAUUUGAUAUAAACUUCACCUUAUUCGACAUAUACCUCUCGUAUAUGUAAAACAUUCUGUAUUUGGUGAUUUGUUUUAAUUAGUUGUCUGUUCCUCAGUUUUCUCUAUGAA